GUGUUGCGUCACUUCCGCUCGAUGUUCUCCGUUUGUUCAUCCCAAAAAUGGCGAACGUGGUUCUAGAGUUCAAGGCGUCCGCCGGUGACUCUGACCCGCAGACUCGGCCCGUUCUCAUCAUCGGUCAGCAUUGCAACCUUCAGCAAGUGGACUGGGGCCAAAUUCAAGGCAAACUCCAGCCCGUCGUCAGCAAAGAGACAUGGCAGGCCGCACUGAACGCUUUGAGCCCCAAGCCCACGGACAGCUGUCCUCUGUACCUGAAUUACGCGGCGGUGGCCGCCAUUCCUUCGCGCGUCAGCAGGCACAACAGCCCCUCUUCUGCCCACUUUAUUUCCCGCCUGGUCCGCUCCUGCCUGCCCGGAGGGAACGACCGCUGCGUGGUGAUGGUGUGCGAGCGUUCGGACGCCUUUGCGUCGUCCUGCGCCAUCUCCAGAGCCUUUCCCAUCUUCUCUCGCCGCUCCGCAUCCUCGCGCAAGGCCGAGAAGAAGCGCGUGACGGUGGAGUUUGUGAUCGUGGGCCAAGGCGCCAACCAGAUGGAUGAAGCCGAGCUGGAGUGUCUCUCCAACGCUGCGGACGGCGUGCGUCUGGCGGCUCGCAUCGUGGACACUCCGUGCAACGAGAUGAACACGGACCACUUCUUGGACGAAAUUAAAGCGGUCGGAAGUGAACUGGGAAUAACCCCCGUCAUCAUCCGCGGUGAGGAGCUGAAACAGAAAGGCUUCGGAGGUAUUUACGGUGUGGGCAAGGCGGCGGAGAAUCCUCCCGCGUUGGCGGUCCUGAGCCACACGCCGGAGGGCGCCACUCAGACCAUCGCGUGGGUGGGCAAAGGCAUCGUGUAUGACACCGGAGGGCUCAGCAUCAAGGGAAAGACCACAAUGCCGGGCAUGAAGAGAGACUGCGGCGGAGCCGCCGCCAUCUUGGGAGCUUUUCAAGCUACCGUCAAACAGGGUUUCAAGGACAACCUCCACGCCGUGUUUUGCCUGGCGGAGAACGCCGUCGGACCGACGGCCACGCGGCCCGACGAUAUCCACACGCUCUACUCCGGAAAGACUGUGGAAAUAAACAACACUGAUGCAGAGGGAAGGUUGGUGCUGGCCGACGGUGUGGUGUACGCCAGCAAAGACCUCUCCGCUGAUAUUAUCCUGGACAUGGCCACGCUGACGGGAGCGCAAGGUAUUUCUACAGGGAAGCACCACGCGGCGGUGAUGACCAAUAGCGAGCGGUGGGAGACGGCGUGCGUGCGCGCCGGGCGAAGCAGCGGCGACCUCGCCCACCCUCUGGUUUACUGCCCUGAGCUGCACUUCACCGAGUUUGCCUCCGCUCUCGCCGACAUGAAGAAUUCAGUCGCCGACCGCGAGAACGCUCAGAGCUCCUGCGCCGGCCUCUUCAUCGUGUCGCACCUGGGCUUCGAUUGGCCCGGCGUUUGGGUCCACGUCGACAUCGCCUCUCCCGUUCACGCCGGAGAGCGAGCCACCGGAUUUGGCGUGGCGUUGCUGAUGGCGCUGUUCGGUCAGGCUUCCGACGACUCGGUGCUGAAUGGAGUUUCUCCUCUGGGCGCCGCCUCCGACGUAUUGGACGAGCAGAUGGAGCAGGACUGCAAAAGGAGAAGACUGGUGUAGGAAGCCCCGGACCGAGCGUUUUGCUGCCGUCGCACACGUUCAACCGUGGAAGCCGGUCAUUUACUUCUGUUCAUGCAUUUAAAUUGUAACUGUCCUCUCUUGGAUUACAUUUGGCGCACUGAAUAAAAGAAAACGCACCCGCAGCUAUAUCAGCUGAACGCUAAUCGCUGGAGAUUUCUUUGUGUAACCUGUCUCGUGCUGACCCCUGUCUUAUUCUGUUCUUUUUUGUGUUGAGUGUUUGUGUCUAUCAAGCUAAGUAGUCUCGACAACAAAGUGCCAAAAUGAAACUAACGAGCUCUCUAAACAACAUGCACUUACCUUACAAGCAGCGCAAUUAAAGCAGUCACACGGAAAGGAAAGGCUUGGAAGAAGUUCGCACGAACAGAAAAGUAGACAACGAUCAAAGACAAAAAAUAGCACCUCAUUGAAGCUUGCUACACGAUGUUCCUGCUUAUGUUAAGUUGCCGAACAUCAUCAAAGAAAUAAAUCAAAAAAUAUCCACUUUACACAUGGGUAACAGUUGCAGCCAGCACACUUUAACGACACAGACGAAUUUGAUCAUUAUUGUAAUUAUAGUUAAUUACACAUGAUGAUGUUUCAGGGCCAUUCGAUGGCAAAAGACGCCUCGCAAUUGUUAUCGCAUGAAACUAGAGCGUUAUGA